UCCCUCUCCCACCAGCUCAUUGCCAUGCAUAUGUUCUCUGACCUUCAGAAUACUCAUCUGAUCUCCUCUUCUCUUGCCUCCACACACACACACAGCCACACACAGCCAGGGUCAUAAAAAUGCACUUUCUUCAGGUAUAGGUUGAUUUAUUUAGACACCCUUGCCCCACCUCUUUAAGAGCCUUUUUAGACAACCAUGGCAUAUUAAAAAGAGCAUGAAAGAGGGAGUGCCAAAGUGUGGGAGAGUAAUAGAUUGCGUGUACGAACAUGCAUUACUGUACAUUUACAGGGAGGCUUGUGAAAAAACUGCAACCUCAGCUUGAUGCAGUCGAUCGGCUUCUUCCCUCCAACCCCAUCUUGUUUCUCCUUUCUUUUUACCACACCCCCUUGUACUGUCCCCUCCUCUGCCUCUUCCUCGCUCUCUCUCUGUCUCUCUCGCUCUCCCUGUGCACCUCUAGCUUCACUAGCAGUACUCUUGAGCAUCUUUGCCGCUGCUAUAAAUAUCUGCUGGUAGCGGUAGAGCGGCAGCAGCGGCAGGCAGGCCAGAGAGAGAUGCAAGAUACCUAGACUAGAGGACACUAGUGUAGGACAGGACUAGUGGAGGGGAUAGUAAGUAGAUAAUCAGUUUCAAGUGGAGGACAGAAGGUGUUGUUUUAAAGCGGGCUUUUGGUAAACCUGGGAGUCAGGCUGUCCUGAACCAUAUUUAAGCUGGACUGCCACUCGUUUUAAGACUCUUCUGUGGAGAACGGAGCUUUACUUCAUGCACAGGACUUGAAACCAACCUCCACCCAGGCUGCCCCUCGAUUAGUUUUUGUAGAGACAUGCAGGUUGGCAUGGGCCGGGGCGGGGCUGAGAUGUCAUGCUCCUUUGUUGCUGGUGGUGCCUAAGGUCUGAAUCGGUGGAACUGGACAGCCGAAGAGUGGACCACUCUGUGCUGAACUGCGAGGCUGUUGCCGCCGCCACCCUCCCGGCGGUUUCUCUUGACCAGUGGGAGCCAGAAACAAGUAACGCUGCUUCGCAGCCCUUUCAGAGUGUGAAGAAUUCAAGCUAUAGCCUACCUUCUUACCACUCGUACAGUAACAACUAUGACUACUCUGAGCAGAGCAGACAAAGUGAACGUGCGGGUCUCUGUGGACUCUCGAACCUCGGCAAUACCUGCUUCAUGAACUCUGCUGUGCAGUGUUUAAGUAAUACCCCUCCCCUCACGGACUACUUCUUCAAAGACAAGUACACCAGUGAGCUGAAUGAGGACAACCCACUGGGCAUGAAGGGAGAGAUUGCCAAAGCCUACGCCGAGCUUAUAAAGCAGCUAUGGUCCUGCAAAUACAGCUACGUUACCCCAAGACCUUUUAAGACGCAGGUGGGCCGCUUCGCCCCUCAAUUCUCAGGCUACCAGCAGCAAGACUCUCAUGAGCUGCUGGCUUUCCUCCUGGAUGGUCUACACGAGGAUCUGAACCGGAUCAGGAAGAAGCCUUACAUUCAGCUAAAAGAUGCUAAUGGCCGGCCAGAUAAGGUAGUGGCAGAGGAAGCAUGGGAGAGCCACAUCAAGAGAAACGACUCCAUAAUCGUAGACAUCUUUCAUGGCCUUUUUAAGUCCACCUUGGUGUGUCCUGUGUGCGCCAAGGUCUCUGUGACAUUUGAUCCUUUCUGCUACUUGACGCUGCCUUUGCCCAUGAAGAAGGAGCGCACUCUGGAGGUUUAUCUAGUCAGAUUGGACCCUCUGGCCAAACCCAUACAGUACAAGCUGACCGUGCCAAAGGUGGGCUACAUCUCGGACUUGUGUACCUCCCUCUCCAUCCUGUCUGAGGUACCUGCUGAGAAGAUGAUCGUAACAGACAUCUACAGCCACCGUUUCCAUCGGAUCUUCGCCACCAAUGACAAUCUCAGCAGCAUCAUGGAGAGAGACGACAUCUACGUCUUUGAGGUAGCGGUGAACCGGGUGGAGGACACGGACCACGUGGUCAUCCCAGUGCACCUGAGGGAAAAGUAUAAACAGUCGGGAUACAACCACACCAGCACGCCGCUGUUCGGACUGCCUUUCCUCAUCGCUGUCCCUAGGACGCUGAGCGAGGACAAACUCUACAACAUGCUGCUAAUUCGCCUCUGCCGGUUUGUGAGAUCCUCUGUGGAAGAAGAUGAGGACGACUGCGAAGAGAGUCAGUCCACCAAACCACACACUGUCAAUGGCAACGCUACUAAUGGCCUACUGGAGGAGGGGUCGCCAAGUGAGAUGGAGACUGACGAACAGGAUGAGGAGUCCAGUCAGGAUCAAGAGCUACCCUCAGAGAAUGACAACAGCCAGUCAGAGGACUCCGUGGGAGGAGACAACGAGCUGGAGAACGGCAUAGUCGCCCCGCAGAACUCCACCAAAGGCCAGCAGAGCACCACUGGGCACAACAGAAAAAGACAUUUCACAUUCCAGCUGAACAACAUGGGAAAGACAGACUUCUCCCUCAUCAAGGACGACACGCGGCAGAUCCGCUUUGAUGAGGGACACUUACGACUCAGUGACCGUUCCUAUCUUUCUUUGGACUGGGAGCCCGAGAUGAGGAAGAAGUACUUUGACGACACAGUUGUUGAGGACUUUGACAAGCAUGAGAGCAUGGAGUACAAGCCUCAGAAGAAGGCUUUCUUUAAGCUAAAGGACUGCAUUGAGCUGUUCACUACAAAGGAGAAGCUGGGAGCCGAGGACCCUUGGUACUGUCCAAACUGUAAGGAGCACCAACAGGCCACCAAGAAACUGGACCUUUGGUCUUUGCCCCCAGUGUUGGUGGUCCAUUUAAAGAGGUUCUCCUACAGUCGCUAUAUGAGGGACAAGCUCGACUCCCUUGUUGACUUCCCACUAAGCAAUUUGGAUAUGUCGGAGUUCCUGAUCAACCCCAACAGCGGGCCUUGUCUUUACGACCUCAUUGCUGUGUCCAACCAUUAUGGCGGCAUGGGGGGAGGCCACUAUACUGCUUACGCUAAGAACACAGACGAUGGGAAGUGGUACAACUUUGAUGACAGCAGCGUGUCGCCUGCCAGUGAAGAUCAAAUAGUGUCCAAAGCGGGCUACGUGCUCUUCUACCAGCGCCAGGACACCCUAAAAGGCACCGGCUACUUUGCUCUCGACUGCGACAAAGAGGAGGAUAACAAAGAGGAGGAGGAAGACGAGGAAGACGAUGAGGACACUGAAGGGAGACAAAGCGCCUGCUCUUCGUCUCAGGGAGCCGCCUCCUCUGCUGCUAGCGCCGCCACACAAAUCGAGGACCUGAACGAGAACCAGUGCGGGAAGAAUGCCAACAAGGCAGAACAGGAAGAAGAGGCGGAGGAGGAGGAGGUACCCAGUCGAGAUGUCACCAUGAGCGCCAACUGACGGCAGCGAAGGCAUAAACAAUCAGAGCGAGAAAGAGCGAUCUUUCCAUCCAAAGCCAUAUGGACACACAGCAUGGCCAACGGGCGCCAGCAGGCCCAGCCGGGCCGCUCAGACUGGGCCGGAGCCAAUGUGGGCGUGGCGUUGAUGGUACGCGGAAAAAUCAGGGCCCUCCCCCUGUGGCUGAAUCACUGUUUGUGUGUGUGUUACAUUUUUGUUUCUAAAGGAUGCAUUGAUUCUGAGAGCAGUUUGCGUUACCAUGAAAAUCUUUUAUGUCUCUGAGAGAAAAGUCAUUAUUAUGCUUUUACAGUGUUUAGUCUGUACAUAUUUUAAGCACUGAACAGGAAGCAUUUUGAACUUGCACAAUCACCUACAGUACCAUCCUCCCUCUUGCUUUUCUUCUUAUUGCCACGCACUGCAGUGUAGCUCAGUCGAAUGUGACGUGACUUCCUCUGAUCAAAGUGAAGGAAGCUGCCUUCAUCAGUGCAGACAUAUUCACUCUGGGUGAUGUUUUUCUAUUUUUUUUUUAUUUUUUUUUUUUAGUAAAAAAUGCCAAAUUUUUGCUGUGAUCUUGUUUGCAUGAGCUCACGUCCUCCCGCCGUCUACGGCGCCCUCUGUUGGCCGUGUACACUCCUACACUGAUAAACCGCAUUGAGGGGAGGCUUGCAGCUACUUUUCAACUAAAGGUGAAUUAGUGCAGUGCCAGGAAUAGAUGGAAUUGAGAGGAAUGGUGUCUUAUCAUCGUGUGUAAUGAAUUUGUGGUUCCUGACGUCACAUCUUGUCGGGAUCGCCUCAGCCUUAAUCUUUCUGCAUGGCCUCCUCACACACUUGAAUGUUGAUCAUGUCGGAAGAUCUGCUCGUCAUAUCACAGCCACGUAAUCUCCCUGUUUUUUGUAAGCCACAGGCGGGCCAGAAUGUAUGCGCAGUGAACACGUGUACGUGAUCGAUGCCUUUUCCCCCAUUCUUAAUAGGGCCAUCAUUGUUUCGCUUUCUCUGCCUGGUUGAAUGUGACGGUCAUGGCUUCUCUCGCCUUUUGACUCCAGCUGGAUGCUGAAUGCUUGUGCUUUGGGGAUGGGGGGGUUGAGGUCAAGGCCUUUUGGUGAUCCAAGUGUUACAGGAUAUUCCUCCAUCAGUGAUGCAUUUAUUCUCCAUGGUGGAGCGCGGCUUUUUGCACCAUGCCUUUUGCCUCUCUCUUUGGCCGACUCCCCCGUUCUCGAAUGAGUGACACGUGACUGCUAUAUUAGACCUGUACCGUACUGUAUAUAAGAGUUCACUCUGUGAGUGCACAUUUGAUAAAGUUUAUUUAUUUAUAUGUCAGCAUUUAAUAAGGAAACAAUAUAUUUAAAACCCUGACAAGAGUGGAAUUAUUAGGAAUGUGUCGGGGUGGCCUCUUAGACAGUGCUCUUGUCAGGGAGGGAAUAUCUUUUUCUUUCUUUUUUUUUUAAUUAAGGAUGUUGUUUUUGGAACUUUUUUUGUAAACAAAAAAAACCAGGCAUCCUUGCAUGAUAGGGGUUUCCAGGUUUUGGCUGCACUUGAGUUCACUUGGGUUUACAUUUGAAAUGUGCAUGUGUAUACAUACACAAUCUUCAAUAAAGUUGUGUAAAGCUUUUCUUUUGUCACUUGCAUGUUUGUGGUGUCGU